CCGUCGUUCUUUCCCGCGGGAGGGAGCGAACGAGGCGGCGCUGAGGGAGCACUGCGCAUGCGCCGCGCCGGCGGGCCUCACGUAACUGUCUCCCUUAGCAACCGCCCGGAAGGGGCGGGGCCUACACCCCCUGCUGUCUUACUGUGGGUGACGUCACAGGCGGGUUGCUAUGACGUCAUCCCGAUGGCCUAGGACUCCAAAACAAUGAUUCAGAAACGAAGGAAGAGCCAAAGAGAAGGAAGAAGGAGAGCUCCUUUUCCAAAAUGCAGCCCAGGAGCUUCAGACCAGGGGGUGCUCUCUGGAUCGUGUCCCCUGCCACGCUGGGGCUCUGGCUUGGCUUUGUGGCUUGUGCUUCUGCCCUGGAUAAUGGUCUGCUGCGGAGGCCUCCGAUGGGCUGGGUGCCCUGGGAGCGCUUUAGGUGCAACACCGACUGCGCCAACGAUCCUGACAACUGCAUCAGCGAACGCCUGAUCAAGGCCAUGGCCGACCGGCUGGUUGAGGACGGCUGGAAGGAGCUGGGCUACCAGUACGUCAACCUGGACGACUGCUGGGCGACGCGCAAGAGAGACGCUCGUGGCCGGCUCCAGGCAGACCCUGGCCGGUUCCCCAGCGGCAUCAAAGCCCUGGCCGACUACGUUCAUUCCAAGGGUUUGAAAUUUGGCAUCUACAGCGACAUGGGCAACGCCACCUGCGCCGGCUAUGCUGGGACCACCCUGGCGACCAUCGAGACAGACGCAAAGACCUUUGCGGAGUGGGGGGUUGACAUGCUCAAGCUGGACGGAUGCUUUUCCAAUUCUUCCACCAAGGCAAUAGGCUACCCAAAGAUGAGCGUGGCGCUGAACAAAACAGGACGGAGGAUUGCUUUCUCUUGCAGCUGGCCAGCCUACGAAGGGGGCCUCCCGCCAAAGGUGAACUAUACUUUACUUGGCAAAAUCUGCAACAUGUGGAGGAAUUACAUUGACAUUGAGGACUCUUGGACCACCCUCUUCCGCAUCAUUGAGUGGUACGGAAAGAACCAGGACACGCUGCAGCCGGCUGCUGGACCGGGGAGGUGGAAUGACCCUGAUAUGCUGAUCAUUGGUGACUUUGGCCUGAGCCAGGAGCAGUCGAAAGUGCAGGUGGCCCUGUGGGCUAUCCUGGCCGCCCCGUUCUUCAUGUCCUGUAACUUGCAGACCAUAUCAAAGGAAGCCAAGGACCUCUUGCAGAAUCCCCUUCUCAUCUACAUAAACCAAGAUCCCCUGGGGAUUCAGGGAAGGCGGAUUUCAACGUCCCUCCAUUUUGAGGUGUGGAAGAGGACCCUGGUCAAUGGCCAGUAUGCGCUGGCAAUCAUGAACAAGGGCACCGAUGGGUCCCCCAGGCCCUUCAUGACCACCCUCUCGCUCCUGGGCAUCCAGGGCUGCAAGGUGGGCUACGAGAUCUACAAUGUCCUGGAGAAGCUCUACCUGCGGCAGUACCAGCUCAACAGUGUCAUCACAUCCGAGGUGCCCCCCACUGGGGUUGCCCUCUUCUUCCUCAAGCCGCUCUGCUGAAGUGUUCCCUUUCCUUCUGGAGCGCCUGCAAGUAUGGCAGGCUGGGAGCCAAGCGGAGGGCAUGGCACCAAAGAGCAGAGAGGCAGCAUGGAGGUGAGGUUUGGCACGGGGCUCAACCAAGAAGCAGGACUUGGAAAGGCCGGCAUCCCUUCCCCUCCUCUGAAUGUAGCGGAGGUAUUUAAACAGGACCCUAAAGGGCUGCACCAAGGAGAAUGACCCAAAACUGCCCCUUCUCCAUUUCCCCCGCUUCAUGGAAAUGCAUUUUGCUCUUUUGAACCACGGAAAGCAACCUGCCGGAAGAAACGUCCAGUGAAGGAGGGCACUCCAAAGACCAGGGUCUCCCACCUGUGUCCAGUUGGGCAGCUGCGCCAGAGGAGCCGUUUGUGUUGUUUGUGGCAAAUGAGGGCACCUUAUCACACACACAUAAUAACUGUGCAAUAAGGCUGCCAUGUGUGAAAUGGGGGUCCCAGUUUGGGAUCCCCUGUGUGUCCCUCCCUCUUUCUGUGCCAAGAUUGUCCAGAAAAGAUGGGGACAAGCUGCAUUCCUCAUCUGCCACCAUGAUGGCAUGGGAGCUACCUUCCCUGCGCUGGGCUUUGCAAAGGAAUUAGGCCUUUUGCCCGCUCUUCCUGAAAUGCUGGAUUUCCCUCAGGUGACCCUUGGUUUUCUUGCCUCUUCCUUUUUGAUGGAGCCACCUGCUUUCCUCUCCAGCAGAGCAAGGGCCUGCAAGCAAAGAGGAGUUUGUGCCUUUGCAGUUUCAGAAGCAACCAUUAGCACAGCCGCAAUGGACCCUAACCAAGAAAUCUGUCUGCCCUUUGGUUUUUCAUUAUUUAAAAAUAAAUCUCUUGUUAUCAGAGGAGGAAGACUG